AGACAACUGUUCUCAUAAAAAUUCACCCAUCAUUUAUUCCAAUACUUUGUCCUCCAUACACAAGUCUCAAGAUUUGCUCAGUUUCCAUAAUACAUGAACAAGCUGUGACAGCAGAACACAUGAAAAAGAAUAAAAAUGCUUUUUACACUAUUAAGUCAGUUAAUUCCUGCUAGAGAAAAUUCUCCAGCUCCACAGUAAGCUUGUGUGGAAUGGCUAUCAAGAAUGUUUUAUGCCUGCUCACAGCACGCACCAAACACUGGGAAUUAAAGUAACACGUGGGAAGCAUUGACAACUUUCCCCUUGCAGGAAACAUCUGUUACCUUAACGAUGUUCCACAUGCUGUGUUACCACCAAAAGAAAGAACAAGCUUGGGAUUGGGUGAUGUUGAUUUAUACAGCCAAGAACUGAUACAUAUAAUGUGCUUACAGGUGUUCCUCAAAUAUUUAUGCUUUCUCCCCCCCAAAAAUAAACUACAGCAGCCAGUGUAGCACCCUAUUUCCUCUAGUUUCUGCCCAAAGUUUUGUUUUCAGAAAGCAUCCCUCCCUCGCCCCAAAAAAAUCACUCUGCUCUUCUUUUUGUUAUUUUUAGGUAAAGUUGAGAGUUCUGCACAGACAGAACAUUAAGCUGUGAUAGUGACUUUAUUUGACUCGGCUAUCAAUGAGCCUAAAAAUCAACCUGGAUAAAAUUUGUGAUGGAAGAAAGUACAUGAAGAUCGACUGCUGCAUGAAAAAAAAAAGAGGAAAAAAAAUUUGGAAAAAACAGGCUUAAGACAGCAGGUUUUGAGUCGUGGAACCUUGAUUAUUGAAGUCACACUGACUUGUCACUUCCCCAGCUGUCACAAAAAAACGAGAAAUUUUUGAAACCAAGAUUUCCAACUCUUUCAAUCUAAUUUGUCUACGACCUUUUCCAGGCAAGUACUUGUUUGAUGGGUGACUAAAAUAAGCCUUUUAGAUGACAGGCAAAAAUAAUCUUGCACUAUAGGAGUGUAGAGGACUCUCGUAAGGCUGUUUAAGAACAGACGUGGUCCUACAGAUGUUUUUUUAACUUUGCAUACUAUAGCGGUCUUAUAUCGCUUUCUCUCCAUAUAAAUAGAAGUUGUCUUGUAGCAUUAAGAUCACAUCUGACAAAAGAACUCUUUCCAGAUUUUUUUUUACUCUAAAAGUUUGUUUUAAGUCAAAUGAAGACUCUUUUCAGUGGUGCCCAACAAUCGGAUGAAAGGCAAUGGGCACAGAAAGGAGCACAGGAGGUUCUGUCUGAAUAUGAGAAGAAACUUCUUCACUUUGAGGGUGUCAGAGCCCUGAACAGGCUGCCCAGAGAGGUUGUGGAGUCUCCUCUGGAGACAUUCAAACCUGCCUGGACACAUUCCUGUGUGAUCUGCUCUGGUGAACCUGCUUUAGCAGGUGGGUUGGACUAGAUGAUCUCCUGAGGUCUCUUCCAACCCCAACCAUUCUGUGAUUACGUGAAAUUUGGAGAAAGUCAUUGAAAAUUUAGUGGUCAGAACACUUGUGAGAACUGUUUAAUAUUUAUCGACUAGUUUACUAAAAACUCUUGUCAGUGUAACAUUGGUACCCCGUAACCAACACACCGCUAAUUCCGAGGCGUGUCUUUUCGUUAAGGUUUCCGUAUUAAAAUAGUGUUGGGACCAACAUUUCGCUUUGAAGACACGAGCACAAGACACAGGCCCUGCCUGGCCAGGGCGGCCCGGCCCCGCCCGGGGACACUCACAGCCGGUGCAGCCGACAGGCCCGUUCCGGGCCCGGCCUCAGUCCCACCGCCGCCGUCAGGGCUGCUGAACCUUCGUCCGCUUCGGCGGCGGGUGUUCGGUGUUCGCGCUGGUGUCCAUGUUGUCUUCGUCUUCAUCCUCCUCAUCCUCUUCCUCGUCGUCCUCAUCCUCGGCACAACCUGCCAGGGUUCAAGCGGGGGGCGGAUGAGCGGCGCCCCAGGGCGGGCGGAGCCCCCGGCCGCGCUCCCGCCCCCACUCACCGCGGGUCCGUCCACCGCCCGCCGCCUCUCGCUGCUCCUGCACCAGCGGCGUCAGCAGCUGCACCACCCGCUCCUGCAGCUCGGCCAGGCCCCGCCGCAGGCCGCGCAGCUGCCCGCUGAGCUCCCAGUCCUGCGGGUCGCUCUGCUCGGCCGGGCACGGCGGCGGCACCGGCACCCGCACCGAGCGCGCCUGCCCGCGGCCCCGCAGCUCCGCCACCAGCUCCAUCCCGCCCCGCGCAGCCCGCCCGCCCGCGACCCCGCCCCCUGGUCACGUGAGGCGCGCGGUUCCGCUUCCGCCGAGGCGCCCCCUGGCGCCUCGGCCGUGUGCGUCCCGCCUCGGCCCGCGCGGCCUCGCGUCCCGGCGAUGGAGGCGGCGGCGGAGGGCGCCGAUCCCGGGAGCGGCUGCGGGGCCGGCGCGGAGGAGCCCGUGGUCUCCUUGGCGGAGGUGCUGGCGGAGAACGAGGAGCUGGAGAAGGAGGCGCGGGCCGUGCUGGGGGGCAGCGACCACGAGCGCUGCAGCUACUCCCAGGGCGCGGUGAAGCGGCAGGCGCUGUACGCCUGCAGCACCUGCACGCCGCCCGGCGGGGAGCCGGCGGGGAUCUGCCUGGCCUGCAGCUACGAGUGCCACGGCACGCACCGGCUCUUCGAGCUCUACACCAAGAGGAACUUCCGCUGUGACUGUGGAAAUAGCAAGUUCAAAAAUCUGCAGUGCAAGCUGCUCCCAGAAAAGUGCAAGGUGAAUUCAGGAAAUAAGUAUAAUGACAAUUUCUAUGGAUUAUACUGUACUUGUAAAAGACCUUAUCCUGAUCCUGAAGAUGAGAUUCCAGAUGAGAUGAUCCAAUGCAUCGUUUGCGAAGACUGGUUCCAUGGAAGGCAUCUUGGUGCAGUUCCCCCUGAAAGCGGAGACUUCCAUGAGAUGGUUUGCCAGGCCUGCAUGAGUCACUGCCAUUUCCUGUGGGCUUAUGCAGCCCAAUUAGCAGUUCCUGCUUUGACCAAAGUGAACUCCCUUGAAGAUGAAGGGAUUGUCCUGAAGGUCGAAGAAAGUGAAGACCAGAAAAAAGAAAUAAAAAAAGAAAGUGGAGUGGAGCACCAAGAAACGAAGGAGGAAAAGCAAAUGGAACAGUUUAAUGAACCAUCCACCAGCUCUGGGUCUGCCUGUCCGGAGGUAGUUCCUAAGAGUGAGGAGCCAGUCUGCAAGCUGAAAGAACUCCAAAGCAAGCCAUUUUUAAAAAAAGAUACUGCCACCUUUUGGCCAUCGAACUGGAGAAGCAAAUUGUGCACCUGUGAAGACUGUUUGAAAAUGUAUUCAGAGCUUGAAGUCCAGUUCCUGACAGAUGAAUGUGACACUGUCUUGGCUUACGAAAAUAAAGGUACCACUGACCAAGAAACAGAGAGGAGAGAUCCUUUAAUGGACACCCUUAACAGCAUGAACAGAGUCCAGCAAGUAGAACUCAUCUGUGAAUACAACGAUUUAAAGACAGAACUGACUGAUUAUCUCAGGAGAUUUGCAGAUGAGGGAACGGUGGUUAAAAGAGAAGACAUUCAGCAUUUCUUUGAAGAAUUUCAGUCACGGAAAAGACGACGGACUAACAGGAUGCAGUACUACUGUAGUUAGACCGAGAAGGUCUGGGUGUGAAAGGACAACUGGGAGAACGAUAGUCAUUGGCAAACAGAAGAGGCAUCUUCAGUAUUUGGCUUCUCACCAAAAUCCAGCUGUCCAAGAAACAUCUUCAUUUUGUCUCAUACUUCCUUUUCUUGUAGCGCCUAGACCGUGUUCUUAGCAGGUACCCGGCGGUUAUAGGGUUUGCAGGGGUGUUGCGUUCCCGCGCAGGCUGGCCGUGCUCCGGGGAGGGGGUGGCGGGUUAGAAGAGCCACGUGCCGCCGUGCGCGUUCCCUUUGGUCUUUCCACCCGCGUUACUCGCAGUGCCUGUAGCUGUAGUUGUACUAGACCAGGCUGGGGUCCGCUUGUCCCUCUUCUGUCCCCCGCAGGCAAGGCGCACGCCCUGUGCUUUGCUCUCCUGCUUUACCCAGCUGUGCAGGCUGUUCCUUGGGGCGCAGCAACUCCAGCGAAGGCUCCUGCACAAAGCAAGUGUCAGGUCCCUGCGCAGAGGGCUCAGCACCUGCAAGGGAGCAGCUGGCACAGGGCACCAGCCCGGCACUGGGGACACAGCAGGGGAACCGAACCUCGCUGUGCUGCUGCCAGCCCCGCGCAGGGGAAAACUGAGAAAGCAGCGUCAGGCUUGAUCAACAGAACAUUGUGUCUCAUUUUUAUAAAUUCAAAAACUACAUUUCUAAUAUUGUACAGUGAUGUUUCACAUGCAAAAAAAGUCACAAACUUUAUCUACUCAAUAGAUUUAUAAACAGUAUCGAGGGGGAGGGAACUAAGUUACAAAUGAAGCGUGGAGGGGUUUUGUCACAGGACUUCUAGUGUGCUUCAGUUUUAAAAAUGAGCCUACUUCAAACACUGCAGCAUCCUGGCAUUUUGCUACAGUAUAAAUCACGUGAUCUUUUUAUAAUCACUGUGAUAAUCAAUCACAGAACAGAUGUUUCACUGGCUUUGAAGAACCUGCACUUGGCCACAAUUAAAUAUCGACUUUUUGUAAGUUUCGAUCCUAAUAUAGUUUUCUUUGCCCACAAACCCCAAAACAUACUUUAAGUUCUGAUUUUUAAUUCCUGCUUUAUGUAGGUGGAGGAUUUACCAUGGGGUACUAUUCUGCUUUCACAUUAAUGACUUUUGAGAAGAAAAUGGGACUUCUAUCAUUCUCCUUAUUAAUUGUUUCUGAGGGCUUUAUUUACAAAAGCUAGUUCUAGUGUAGAGGCUCAGUUCAUUGGUUUGUUUAAUGUACAAUGACUAGUUGCUUUAAAAUUUAACUCUGAGUAUUGUAUGUGCUUUUUUGGUAGCAACUGUAACUUCUUAUCUAAUAUCUAAAAAUUAAAGAACUGUUCACUCUG